AUAAUAAAUAUGGUUCUUUUUAUCGCUCUUUAUUGCGAAAUAUUACAAUUUCCAAAACGUUGACCUACUCGACAAUCGUUGGACAUUACCGUUCAGUCAACUAUUAAAUCAGAAAUGACGAAAGUUAUCAAUUGUGAAAUCAAUUUGUUAAUGGAACAUGAUUUUUUACUGACGAAAAUAAGUUUCAACAAGUAGUUUAUAUUAAAGGGGGAUUUCCAUUUAAACAAUUCGUUCGUGAUGGCGUGCCCACCCAAGUGGACUAUAUUUUAUUUCAUAAUUUAUCUCGUUGCGCAGAACAAUGAAGUCUAUUGCCAAUAUAGUCCUGAAGGAUGUGAACCAUAUGGUGACUUACUUGGUGCACUUGUAAAGGAGCUGGGCGAGAAAGAGAAAAGCCUAUUAUUGAAUGCACUUCUAUCAAUCGCUACUAAUAAUGGUAUUAUACCAGACCUAUCACCACUUAUUCCAUCCCGUCAAAUGACCAAUAAUGUAGCGCAAACGAACUCAGUACCACAAACUUUGAAUGCUAUUCCUUUGACUGCAAGGCCUGAUAUUGAGACACCAUAUUGUGUUCCGGAGCCACCACAAAAUGAUUACCAAAAUCAGUAUGUUUCACCUGAUUUGUUGAUUCCAACUCAGACAUCUUAUAAUGAUAUUAUAAUAACAUUAAAUGGAAUACCAAAUUCUCCCUAUGCUGAUCCCGCUUCAGCAUUUACAUCACCGCCUCCGUCGUCACGAUCACCCCCGCCUCCCUCAUCACAAUCAUCAGCUUCCUCCCAAUCAUCAUCUUCAUCAUACUUAGCCCCAUCACAAUUAUCAUCCUCAUCACAAUCUUCAUCUUCGUCAUACUCAACUCCAUCACGAUCAGCUUCCACGUCCCAAUCAACUUCCUCAUCGCAAUCCAUUACUCCAUCAUAUUCACCUACCUUAUCAUCAUUAUCAUCUUCAUCACACUCAUCGGCUUCAUCACAAUCAGCGAUAUUACAACCACCAACGUCACAUUCACCAGCACCACAACCACAAGUUUCACAAUCAAAUCCUGCGCCAAAACCAUCUACGCCACCAAAAUCAGCUUCUAUUUCCCCGCCAUCCUCUCCAUCUCCUCAACCACCUCCAAAUUACCCGAAACCGACGUCCACUCCCGUUUCUAGUUCACCAUCAUCGCAACCUUUACCCACUUCAUCUUCGUCAUCUCCAAAACCAUCUGAGAAACCCACCCCAUUACAGACUGCUGAAAGUAGGCCAGUAGGAGGAACUGCAAAUGCAGUACCUUCUAAUACAGGACGUUCUUCAAAUAUAUGCUAUUAUGAAGAAUUCCCUAUGAUUCCCUUAGAGAUAAAUCUUCCAGCACCGCAUAUACCAGAACCGAGGAUAACAAUAGUAACAGCACCCGCUCCAGUUGAAAAGAAGACGUCCCCAUUGAAGAAAAUGUUACCCCUAAUUUUAAUAGCGAUGCUCUGCAAUAAUAGAAAUAACCAAUGUCCAUGCGUCUGUGAGAGUCCAAGCAUAGUCCCAAUACCUUAUCCUUUUCCGAUACCAUUUCCUACCUGCGGAAAUUACAACGAUGACGACGAUGAUGAUGACGAUGACAUUCCAAAGAAAGGAAAUCGACACAGACGUGAAGAUUUUGACUACUGGGAAGGCAGAAGAUAGUAUUUAAUUUUUGAAUAGCGAAAUUAAUAAUAAUGUAAUAUUCAGUUAUUUUGAAUACGAAGUUAAAUCUCUAAAAAAAUAAAAAAUUACAACUUU